AUGACCUACUACACUUAUAAUCCUUCAAAUCUAUUUUCAUCUAUCUUCACCUACAUCCCUACUAACGAUAGGCCUGCUAAUCCAGAGACUCAUUCCGUUGUUGUCACCGGCAACUUUGAUGACUGGUCCCAGUCUCAGGGAGUUUUGACCAAGGACGCCGAGUUCGACGCGUUCGAGGUACUCUUGCGUGUUCCCGAGCGCCAGAAGUUGGUGUUCAAGUUCGUGGUCAACGACUCCGAAUGGACCACCCAUGACUCCUACAAGCUUGAACAUGACGAGCAUGGAAACUCAAACAAUUAUGUGGAUGCUGACGAGUUGAUCGAGGUGGAGGAGUUCACCAAGGAGGCUACUCCUUCCCCCGUGGCUACCGCUGCUGAGACUUCUGCUGCCAAGACAACUCCAGUUACUGAAGCCCCUGCUGCUACAGUUUCUCAGACUUCCGAGACUGUUGAGUCUGUCAAGACUCCUGUUGAGACUGCUUUCCCCGCUGAAAAGCACGCAAAUCUCGUGCUGGAGUCCCGUGAAGGUGACGAGAAGCUUACCAACGUGCUGACUUCCGACCUGUCCUAUGCAGCUGUGUCUGUUCCCGAAUCUGAAGGAUCUGCAUUCGAGAACAUCUCUCGCGACGAAGAGAACGACUUCGACGCGAGUAAUCGCUCGGCGAGGAAUCGUAACGCCCCCGAAGAUAUCACCCCAACAAACUCAAACUCCGGAGCAACUGCUGCUGCCAAGCAAGGAGGAUCCGGAACAACCCAAGACUCAGAAGUUACCACUCUUGGCCCUAACUCUCGCAAUAGCUCUUUUACUGGCCGGCCUCACCAGCCAGACAGUGAGACUGUGGAUAUUUUGAAGGUUCCGGGCUCGUUUCCUCUGCCUGUCAAGUCCACCGAGAAGCGUCCUAGUCGUCGCGAUGGCUUGAUCACUCGCUUGAAGGGCAUGUUCCGUUCUUAG